AAACUUCAUGGUGUUAUGGUCAACUUGCCGCACAACGGUGUUCAAAUCUGUCACCAACAGGUUCAUAAAAAACCUGGCCUGCUCGGGGAUCUGUGCCAGCCUGGUCUGUGUGCCCUUCGACAUUAUCCUCAGCACCAGUCCUCACUGUUGCUGGUGGAUCUACACCAUGCUUUUCUGCAGGGUCGUCAAAUUCUUGCACAAAGUCUUCUGUUCUGUGACUAUCCUCAGCUUCCCUGCGAUAGCCUUGGACAGGUAUUACUCAGUCCUCUAUCCUCUGGAGAGAAAAAUAUCUGAUGCCAAGUCUCGGGAACUGGUGAUAUACAUCUGGGCCCAUGCUGUAGUUGCCAGUGUCCCUGUGUUUGCUGUGACCAAUGUUGCUGACAUCUAUGCUAUGUCCACAUGCACUGAAGUCUGGAACAACUCCUUGGGCCACCUGGUGUAUGUUCUUACCUAUAACAUCACCACUGUCAUUGUGCCUGUGGCUGUGGUGUUCCUCUUAAUGAUACUUAUACGCCGGGCCCUGAGCGCCAGCCAGAAGAAGAAGGUCAUCAUCGCCGCGCUGCGGACCCCCCAGAACACUAUUUCUAUCCCCUACGCAUCCCAGCGAGAGGCCGAGCUGCAUGCCACCCUGCUCUGUAUGGUGAUGGUCUUCAUCUUGUGUAGUGUGCCCUAUGCCACCUUGGUGGUCUACCAGACUGUGCUCAAUGUCCCUGACACUUCUGUGUUUUUGUUGCUCACUGCUAUUUGGCUGCCCAAAGUCUCUCUGUUGGCAAACCCUGUGCUCUUUCUGACUGUGAACAGAUCUGUGCGGAAAUGCUUGGUAGGUACCUUGGUACAGCUGCACCACCGCUAUAGUCGCAGGAAUGUGGUGAGCACAGGAAGUGGAGCGGCCGAUGCUAGCCUGGAUCCCAGCAUGCGCUCCGGCAGCCAGCUCCUGGAGAUGUUCCACAUUGGACAGCAGCAGAUCUUUAAAUCUACGGAGGAUGAGGAGGACAGUGACACCAAAUAUCUGGGCUCAGCUGACCUCCACGCUAAGGAGAUUGUGACCACUUGCCUGGAGGGAGAGUUGGGGUCACAAUUUGCAACCCUGGCAGCACCCCCAGGCACCGUGGAUCAGGCAGCCCCAGCAGUACCCCUAGAACCUGAGACAUUCCCUGAUAAAUAUUCCCUGCAGUUCGGUUUUGGGCCUUUUGAGUUGCCUCCUCAGUGGCUCUCAGAGACCCGAAAUAGCAAGAAGCGGUUGCUCCCCCCGUUGGGGAACACUCCUGAAGAGUUGAUCCAGACAAAGAUGCCCAAGGUAGGAAGGGUGGAGAGGAAGAUGAGCAGAAACAACAAAGUGAGCAUUUUCCCAAAGGUGGAUUCCUAGCAAGGGUGGUCAGUUCCUGGAAGCAGCAGUGAAUCUCCCUCCGUACACUUCAUCUGGCUCCAGGAUCUGUGUAGUCUCCUGCGUGGUCACCUGCUCCUGUGCCAGCCAAAUGCUUGUGAAUGAAAUGAAGUCUGUUUACAAAUCAAAUGCUCUCUUUAUUGAGAGAAUAUAUUGAUUGAUUGAUCUCUGUGAUCCAUGUCCUAAGUAGAGUACACAUUUCUCUCUGUGAAGAUGAGAGUAAUUGGACAGUAGGAAAUGGGUUUGGGGGUUGGUACUUCGUGUACAUUUCCUAAUACUCAGUUCUUUGGGGCCAGCAGAGAGUUGGGGAGAGAGUAGCAGUGGCACACUUUAGUGGUGUCUCAGAUGGUUAGGACAUGGUGUGGGCAUUUCAAGAUUUUCUUUUUCUUUU